AGCGGAGCAACUGCUGUGGUGCAAGCUGCCUAUUGUAUCCCGAAAAAGGAGAAGGUGGCAAUUAAACGAAUCAACCUUGAGAAAUGUCAGACCAGCAUGGAUGAGCUUCUGAAAGAAAUUCAAGCCAUGAGCCAGUGCCAUCACCCGAACAUUGUAUCUUACUACACAUCAUUUGUGGUGAAAGAUGAGCUCUGGCUGGUGAUGAAGUUACUUAGUGGAGGGUCUGUCCUGGAUAUUAUAAAGCACAUUGUGGCAAAAGGAGAGCACAAGAAUGGAGUCCUGGAUGAACCUUGUAUCGCUACGAUUCUUAGGGAGGUGCUGGAGGGGCUGGAAUACCUGCAUAAGAACGGACAAAUCCAUAGGGAUGUGAAAGCAGGAAAUAUUCUUCUUGGAGAAGAUGGCUCGGUGCAGAUUGCAGACUUUGGUGUUAGCGCGUUCUUAGCCACCGGUGGUGAUAUUACCAGAAAUAAAGUGAGAAAAACCUUUGUGGGCACGCCUUGUUGGAUGGCGCCGGAAGUCAUGGAACAGGUCAGAGGUUACGAUUUCAAGGCCGACAUCUGGAGUUUUGGAAUCACUGCUAUCGAGCUAGCUACGGGGGCCGCUCCGUAUCAUAAAUACCCACCAAUGAAGGUGUUAAUGCUGACACUACAGAACGAUCCACCUUGUUUGGAGACUGGAGUGCAAGAUAAAGAAAUGCUGAAAAAGUAUGGGAAAUCGUUUAGGAAGAUGAUUUCCUCGUGCCUGCAGAAGGACCCGGAGAAAAGACCAACAGCUGCUGAACUUUUAAGACACAAAUUUUUCACGAAAGCAAAGAAUAAAGAAUUUCUACAAGAAAAGAUGUUGCAGAGAGCACCAACAAUUACUGAACGAUCCAAAAAGGUCCGGCGAGUCCCUGGUUCCAGCGGGCGGCUUCAUAAGACUGAGGAUGGCGGCUGGGAGUGGAGUGAUGAUGAACUAGAUGAAGAAAGCGAGGAAGGCAGAGCGGCAAUUUCACAGCUCAGGUCCCCCAGAGUGAAAGAAUCAUUACAGAAUUCUGAGCUGUUCCCAUCAGCCGAGCCCACCGGUCCUUUACUCCACGUUCCAGCACAGACCCCUGCUCAACUACCUCAGGCAGCAGGACAAGCACCUGCACAACCUUCUCAAGUUGCUGCUCCUCCACCUACUCAGGCUCCCGCAGCAGCUCCAGCAGCGGGGCAGGUACCACCUGCUCCUGUUCCAGCCCCAGCACAGGAGGAUACAAACGUCCCAAUCAGUCUUGUACUAAGGUUAAGAUACUGCUGACGGUGUGUCCCAGGAACUCAUCUCGGCUGGUCUUGUGGAUGGCAGAGAUCUAGUCAUAGUUGCAGCUAAUUUGCAGAAAAUCGUGGAAGAGCCCCAGGCAAACAGAUCCGUCACUUUCAGACUGGCAUCUGGCGUCGA